AUGGGCGUGCUCACGGGCUACAUGUGCGACAUCGUGCAGAUCUCGGACAUGCCCGAGGACGCCGCGUGGGAGUACGUGCGCGCCAUGCUUGGCGAGGGCUUCCUCCUCUGCAGCGGCACCAAGAACGGGGCCGACGCUCCCGAGGCGAAGGCCCUGGGCCUGACGGUGGGGCACGCCUACUCCCUGCUGACCGCGCACGAGAGUCCGCUGCCGGGGGGCGCGUCGCUGCGGCUGCUGGAGCUGAGGAACCCCCACGGCCGCGGGGUGUGGAAGGGCGCGUGGAGCGACCUGAGCCCGGAGUGGCAGCUGCCGCACGCGCCCGCCCUGCGGCACGACGGCGUCAGGCAGAAGCCGCCGACGGCACGCUUCUGGAUGUCGUUCGGCGACUUCCUGAAGUGGUUCGGCUCGGUGCAGUACUGCAAGGUGCGCGAAGACGCGGCCUGGGGCGACGAGCGGCUGCCCGUGCCGCUUGCGCCGCCGGGCGUGCUGGGAGACCGCGCGCGGGCGAUGCGUUUCCGCGCGCGCGAGCGCACCACGGUGGAGCUGGCGAUGCUGCAGGCGGGCGGCCGUGGGCGACCGCCGUGGGCGUGGUGGACCUUGGCUUCGUACUCCUGA